AUGAGGGCAAGCGGCUCACCGUCGCUGGCGACACUUUCUCUGCUGCUUGCAGCGUUGGGACGCUCUGCACAUGCCAUCCAGACUAUCUCAAGCGUGGGUUCGAAAUUCUUCUAUGAAGAUGGCAGGCAAUACUAUAUAAAAGGAAUCGCCUAUCAGCUCGUUCCCGAAGAUCCCUUGAAGGACACCGCUCAAUGCACGCGAGAUGCGGCCCGCAUGGCUGAGUUGGGCACCAACGCUAUCCGCGUCUAUCAUGUGGACCCGGAGGCCGACCACGACGGCUGCAUGAAGGCCUUUGAAGAUGCAGGCAUCUACCUGUUUGUGGAUCUAGACACUUUCGACACGGCGAUCUCUCAGGUCGAUCCCCAUUGGGACCAGACACAAUAUGAUCGAUUCGCCGGGGUCUUUGAUGAAUUCCAGCAGUACAACAACACAGCCGGCUUUUUCGUGGGUAACGAAGUCCUCACCAGCAAGGAUGGCUCCGCCGCCGCACCAUACGUGCUAGCCGCAGUACGCGACAUGAAAUCCUACCGCGAUGAAAAGGGAUACCGAAACAUCCCCGUGGGUUACUCCGCCGCCGAUAUCGCAGAGCUGCGUCCCAUGCUGCAGGACUACCUGGCUUGUCGAACUGAUCCGGUAGAGCGACUCGACUUCUUCGCCCUGAACGCCUACGAAUGGUGUGGAGAGUCCACCUUCACCCAAUCUGGAUACGAGUCCCUCCAGAAGCAAGCCGAAGGCUACCCCGUACCGAUCUUCUUCUCAGAGACCGGCUGCAAUGUUGCGCGCCCGCGGACAUUUGGUGACCAGGCCGCCAUCUUCGGCCCCGAAAUGGCGGACACCUGGUCGGGCUCGAUGAUCUACGAGUGGAUCGAGGAGACCAACGACUACGGGCUAGUCAACUACGGCCCUCCUCCACCGCCGCCUGCCGCGGACGCGCCCGCCGCCACUAACGGGCCCCUCGUGCAGGAUGGCUUCGUCCGCCAGGGUGAACCCACGCCGGUCGCGCCGGACUUCGACAACCUCAAAGCGCAGUGGGCGACCUUAAACCCCACCGGCGUCGCUCUGGCCGACUACGCCGCCUCCACCUCCACCAUCACCCCGCCCGCGUGUCCCGCCUCCACCGCCGGCGGAUGGGCCGUGGACCCCAGCGCGCCGCUGCCGACCCUAGGCCAGACGACUUCUUCCACCGACCAUGCGACCCCGAGCGACUCCACGGACAAGCAAAAAGAUGCAGAUUUCGACCGACAGCAGAAGGAAGUUGACUCCUCCGACGCCAUGUCCGCGUCCUCCUCGCAGACCAUCCUCCCUUCCUACGAGCUAAGCAACGGAGCCAGUUCCUUUGCGAUCCUCCGCGACGGCAGCCUCAACCGCGCCAUCGAGAUAUCGCUCGCCCUCUGCACGGUAGUAGGCGGACUUGCAUUGUGGCUAUGA